AUGAAAGUUGACUUUGAUUCAUGCAGAGAUUCUGUGAAUCCAAUAUCUACAAAAAGGGAUGAUGAAAAGCAUCAAGUCGAGAGAAAGCAGGAUGGCAAUAAGCCACUUUUCGUGUACAAAUUCACUGGUAAACCACCAGCCCUAUCAAGGGAACCAAAUUCACCUUUAGUAUUGCCUGUUCGUGAUGGCUUCUCAUCAGUACUCUCAAAAUGUCCAAAUCCUACAUUCCAUUUCCAGGAGACGAGGAGGAAUGGACGCAGUAGAAAAGCUGUGCACAGCAGUGACAUCUUGGCACUCAUUCGACGAACAAAACGAACAUAAGGAAAAAUUCGAAGUUGCUUUGCCUUUUUUGUCAAUGGGGUACUGGUUUUGGGGUUUGAUGAUGUUGUGUUGCUUCAUUGUUAUUCAUGGUGUUUCAAGUUUAUGUCUUCCUUUUCCUCAUCUAUGUAGUCAAAACAUUAUGGUAAAUGAUAUUAUAUGUAAAUGUCUAACUCAAAUUCAGACUAUAUAUUAAUUAAGUCAUAAAGGACA